UUGGCCAUUACAGAGUUGGUUAUUAAGUACGUGAAGAAAGGGUGGGAGGAUGAAAUGAAGGAUGCUGAAAGUUACUGGAAGUUCAACGAUCACAGGGGGCAAUGGACUCUUCAGGCCAACAAGUGCGAUACGGCGGACCAGCGCCGAUCCAGCAGUUCCUCGAAGAGUACCGUGAGGCAGGGAGGUAAAAGGUGGACACAAUGAAUUAACUAAGGGUGUGGGCUCCACUCUAUCUAUUGUGUUCGAAUACACACAACAAAAAAUCGUUCGGUCACUCUUGAUACAUUGCCCACGGUACAGACAUGGUCCGUACGCAGGAAUCAAGGAAUGGAUCCGACGCCUCCGCGUACCCGGUAGAAACCGGUACCGCUAGUUUUUCAUUUCGCGGGCAGCCUCUAUGUUCAGUACAUUAUCUUCCUCAUCCUGAGCGGUUGUGGAAGGUAGGUGUCAUCGAAUUAAUAUUGAUUCGUGCGAAUCACAUACUCCUGGUGUCCAUUAAUGCAAGGACAAGUCUAGAUGAAUAUUAGGCUGGGUCCAGCUAAAUAUAACUGAACCCGCAGGAAGUCGCUGUAAUCAAUUAAGAGCUGCGACCACCUUACUUUACUUCAGUUCAUUAUAGUAUUCACUGGUGAGGUUAAGGAAUCAAGCUGUGUAUUUGUCCAAGUCAAGUAAUAUAUGAUCAUGUCCUGCCCCGGUACCUACCGCUGGUUCGUAUACACAUGUAAGCAAGAUAAAACAACUAGGCCAUCAGGUGCAGAUAAGUUAUAAGAUGCAACAAAUAUAAGAAAUUCAGUGGAUAGGUAGGCAUGCGACAGAUCCAUAGUCACCGCUAACCAUGUGCAUAUGCAAUGCAUACAUAGGAUAGGAGCCAGAGCUUGAAAUAAACCUGCCUCUGAGUGUUGUAUUCUUGCGCGUCUGAUUAUUGAGAAAGAUCGAUGGGCCUCUCGGGUGCUGUGGAUUGGUGGGAGGAGUGGCAGCUGCGUAUCCUCGUCAUCAGCAGCCUCUUUGUCCAAUACUUCCUGUUCGUCUCUGCCUCCAGCCGUAAGCUUGCCAUCUCUUCCUUGUACAGAUUCCUAAUAUGGAUCGCGUAUGUAGUCAGCGAUCCUCUGGCGAUAUAUGCCCUCGCCACCCUCUUCAAUCGACAGAAGAAGCGGGACUACAGCUUAUCAAACCGCAAUAGCAUCCUCGAGGUGCUGUGGGCGCCUUUCCUUCUGAUGCACCUUGGUGGACAGGACUGCAUAACCGCGUACAACAUCGAAGACAACGAGCUGUGGCUACGGCAUGCCCUGACUGCCGUAUCCCAGAUCACUGUAGCCAUCUACGUUUUCUAGGCCAGACGGCGAACAUAGGUUGCUGCAAGCAGCAAUCUUGUUGUUCGUUCCCGGGAUCCUCAAAUGCUUAGAGAAGCCAUGGGCCCUUAAGAGAGCUAGCAUUUACAGCUUGGCCAAGUCUUCUGGCCGCCCUGGACAAGCUCCGUGGAGGAUCAGUUUACUGGGAGGCUACAUGCAACGAGCAAGGGCUAUAGUCUUGACCCGUAGCUGUAGUCCUCGAGCACAACGAGAAGGUGCUGCAGUGGACCAUGGUGCUGAUCAUCCACCUCAAGCACAAGGAGAAGGCUCCGUCACUGCAGAACUUGACGACGGCCAUCAUCCUCAGACUUCAAGAAGACGAAUGGACCUUGGGGAUUACGUGCAAAAAGCAAGGGAUUUUGUCAAGGACCAUCAUCGUCAUGCACAAGGAGAAUGUGAUCGAGUGGACCUUGAGGCCAACCAUCGCCUUCAAACACGACAACAAGGUGGCUCAGUGGACCUUGAGGAUGAGGCAUAUCACAAGCUAUUUGUGGAUCUUGCAUCCCCGUAUCUAAUCGGCUUGGUGUCCUAAAAGCCUUCUGGGUUCUUGAUGAGAAACUAACUUAUGCACUGUUAGAGAAAUGGCUAUCCGACACGUUCAACCUUCUCUACACCAAAAUGAAGAUGGUUCGCUCCUUCUGGGGUAACUCAAAAGGCAAAAAAGACCCAAGUUUGUUGGAAUUCCUUCCUGCCUUCGUAAGGUUAGCAGCUAUAGCCCUGCCAUUGGCAGCCAUCGGGCUCUUCCACAACAGUCACAGGGAAUCUUAUAAUGAUCAGGAUGUCAAUGUUACAAUUGCCCUGUUUACCUGUACCGCGUUGCUGGAGGCAUAUGCCUAUGCCUCUCUUGGUUUUGGUGAUUUCAAAUUGUCUCGCUCGGUUUCCCAAUAUAGCCUCAUAGGAUUCUUUGCCCGCAACCAAAGGCACACAAUGAUGAUGAGCAUCUUGAGUUUCUUUGGAGGAAAGGACUUCCUUGACCAGCAUUGGUGCAUGUGGCCCCGUGACUCAUCCAUUGCCAUUAUAGGGUUGGUUCUGAAGUAUGUGAAGAAAGGGUGGGCACAACAAAUAAAUGAUGACAAGGAUUACUUGAAGUUCAACCAUUCCAGAGGCCAGCGGACUCUUGAGAUCAAUAAGUGUGAAGUCCUGGGUUGGAGCUUAAGGAGGCCGUUCGACGAGAGUGUGCUUCUCUGGCACAUCACCACAUAUUUCUGCUUCUACAUGGUCGCACGGAGGCAGGAGGAGAUAUCUCCUCCAUUAUCUAAAAAAAACUACAUGGGCGCAUCAGCUGAUUACCAGUGUGCCACUGCUCAAUGUAACCAAGAUGAUGCCUCUGUUCAACAUCAUGGCAGUGCUGCAUGGUGUGAAAGCUCCCCUUGUCAUGAAAGACCUGAUUGUUGCAGACAAAUGUCCAAUUACAUGGCAUACCUACUGUUUGUCAAUCCUGAGAUGCUCAUGGCAGGCACCCGACGGUUUCUGUUAAAUACUGCCAAUGAUAAACUUGAAGACAUUCUGAAGCCCGACAAGCCAUCACUCAAAAAGAUUCUCAAGAGCGACAAGCCAUCGCUCGAGGAGAUCUUCCAGCGUGAUAUUUCAAUGUUGGAUAUCAUCAAGGGUCAAAUGUCAAAGGUCAAGCAGAUCCUCAAUGGCAACAUAUCAAUGCUCAAGCAGAUCCUCACGAGAAAAACUACAAUUCUGGAGAUCACCAAUUACAAAAUGUCAGAGAUUCUCAAGAUCGAAAAAGAAAUUGAAGGAGGAAUUAUGCAGAUAUUAAUCAGCAGGAUGGAGCUCGCAGAGCGCAAAAAACAAGUUGCAGAAGUUGUAGGAUCAGCAAAAUUACCGCCCAACAGACAGAAAAAUCCAGCUACACAAGAACGUUUCAUCCACGAUGCCUGGGAGAUUUCUAAGGUAUUGUUGGCUUUAGGUGAUGAGAAGAUGUGGGAGGUGAUUGAAGGUGUGUGGGUGGAGAUGCUCUGCUUCUCGGCCAGUAACUGCCGAGGGUACCUACAUGCCAAGAGUCUGGGCACCGGCAUAGAGUUACUCACCUAUGUCUGGCUUCUGCUGUCGCACAUGGGGAUGGAGACCUUGCCGGAGAGGCUGCAGAGGACGGAGCCUUCAAGUGGAGAAGUAAAUGCUGGUGCUGCUCCAUCGACUUCGCAGACACCUGGGAGCAAAGAUCCACCACCCUUCAGACGCUCAAGGCCACAUGAAGCUGCUGCUGCUGCUAGCACAUCUACCUGUCGACCUCAAGAAAUACAACCGGCUGAAUAAUCCGACAAACUAUUAUCUCAUUAUUCAUACAUAACCAGGUGUCUGUAUUACCCAUCUACCGUUCGUAUCCUUCGCCCAUUGUGCGGAGCUUGAUGCGCUAGUCCAGUUUGAUGCCUGGCAGUCUUUUCGUCUGUUGUUUGAUCAUGCUUGUAGUAUGCCCCGUGUUGAAUUAUGUAGCAUCGAUGGGUUUUGUAAGAGUCAGUUGUGAUUAUGGUCAUUUGUACAAAUGUUUUACCCUGUAGUUGUCAUAAUGUAUUGCCACCCAAAGGUCAGAAGCUGCUGGUGAAUAUGUGAUCAA